GGUUCUUGAGUUGUAGAGCGCAUGACCUGAUGCUGAUUGGGGUGAAAAUGAAAGCAGACUGUUUCAGCUGCUGUAAGGCGAAUUCCGGUCGUUCCCGAAAGACCAACGUGGUUCAAAAUUUCACGACGUAAAAUUGAAAAAUGGCGUCCAAACGGGCAGAAAUCUGGGAGAAGAAGCGGCGUGCUUUUCUGCAGCUUCACAACGUACAUUUCCUUGACGCAGUAGCAAUUUCGCGGAUCCGAUGAGUAACUUCGCGAACUUUGAUCAUAUCCCCGGUCACUGGAAUUCAUUGGAGCCAUUUUGAAAUCGAGUAAUGGGUGCAACCCAUAGUACAGAACAUCAACAUAUGCACUAGGCAAUUGCUUUUUCUGAAAACGACUUACCCUUGUUAGUUGUACUCAUUUUUUCUCUCAGGGCGCGACCGAAUCGGCUGACAGUGAGCAUAAGCUCGUGGAGAUCGAGAAGUGCUGGAAUGAAUCUCGUGCGAAGGAGCCGCCGCAGCCGAUCAAGCCCCCAAGCUUCAAGCUUGAAGACAAGGGUAAGAUCAAACCGGCCCGGGACCGCAACCGGACCGACGUGAAAGUCCUCAAGCCAACCGGUAUCGACUUUCUCUUCCACUAGUCGCUCCGGAUGUAUCAUUCUGUGAGAACGACCCGUUUGCGUAUUGCAGUCUGGCUGUAGUUCCAGUUUGUCGCAUAGGCCUCGUCAAAUGUGAAGAGCGUUUGUUUCUUACGAGGGUGACAAGCAUGGGGUCCCGAUCACCAUGCAUGUUGAAUUUAUCUGAAUGCUUCAAUCAUGAGGGUGUAAACGCAAUACUGGUGAAAUAAUCCAUUUGAAAAAGUAGGUGGCGACUCGUCCAUGGAUCUCUCUUGGUCGACUUCUGCGCGGACCCACGAGAAGGAGUUUGGAAUCGCGCCGCCCAAGAUUUUCAACCCCAUCACUGGGACACCGCGCGUGGGCGACCUGGACGGCCUGGGUGCGGCUAGCGGUAAAACCCGUCCGGGGAAGGGCGUCGGGGCAUUCAACACUGCGGCAAAGACAUCGGCAGACCUGCCGGUCGGCAUAGCACCACAGCGAGCCGAGAAACCUGCUGCACCACCUUGCAAACCCUCCGCCGAGCAGAUUGCGUCUUUGCCUGCAGCGGAGCAAGCCGGGCAGCUGCGAAUGAACGCCGACACGUUGCCCCAUCGGGAGCAGAAUCUCUCGGGGAAGAUGAUGAGCACGCGCAGGUCCCCCGCUGGCGCAGAACCAAACACGCCCGCUGCGAUGUCGGUACGCGCGCCGGAACCGGAAAGAAGUGUGCGAUCUUCGACGAGAACUUCUACCAUGGUGCCACAAGACACCGGAAUCAAUAUGAUGCAAGGUGGUCGUGAAACAAGUGCUCGCCAACAUCAUGCUCCUGAGGUAUCAGCAUACGCAGACAAUAACGUUCUGUCGUCGCGAAGUGGAGCAGAAAAAAGCACGGCACGCAUGGCCUCGCACCGCGGCGGUGCAGCCGAGCUACAGGCGUCGGCGAGCAAUGUUGUGAAGCCAUUGAACUUAACGGGCUUGCGGGAGCCCGGCGUGGCAAACGGAUUCGCGACGGGCACUUCCGCCAGUAAGGAAAACCACGCCCCGUUGUACUCUCGUGGACCCAACGCCGUCGCUGACACGAAUUCUACGCCGUCAAGUGCGCUACAACCAGGCGGGACGCCCACUGUGAACAAAGUAGCUACGACCUCCGCUGGUAGAGGCGCACGAGCAGCAGUGGACUUACGAGGCAGUGUCAACGACAGCGCAACUAGUACCAUUAGUGCCCCGCAGCCGCCGCUAUCGGCGGCGCCUGCGGGGGCCCGGAGGCAAAGCACCAGAACCUCCACCAGGGAUCAAAGGCCCCCGGGAUUCGCAAUGUACAAUGACCCAUCUUCUGCCCCGGCGCAGGCUUCCAGCGGCCGGAAACAAGGUCCGGUAGCUUCCGUUGUAUCUGAUCAAGCGACCACAAGAAGCACCGCGAGGUCCUCCGUAUUGCGUGAGCGAGCGAAGCGUGGACGGUCUCCGACCGGAAAAAUAGGCGGUAGCUAUGCGAUGAAGAACUUGGUAGACACUAAUGCCUCCGUGCAGGUCGCGUCGGCCCCUCCAGAGCAGCCUGUCGUCAUUCGAAAGCCGCCUGGCGGCGGGAGCUCGAUCUGUUUUGGCUAGUGCAGGGACUCAAGAGGAUGAGGAGAAUGUUUGUGCAUGUUUUCUAGUUCUAGACCAGAUUCAGAAUCUAGUACGUAGAGGGUCCUCGUCGUCACUCCAAGCAGCCGGUAAAACCGUCGCUACCGUCCCGUCUCUUUUUCCUCAGCCGAACUGUCUCUGCCUGUUUGUGUAUACUGAAAAAGGAGCAUGCAAGAACUUUCUCAGGCUGCAGGAUAAGACUAGCUGAUGCAGCCCGAUUGAUGCAAUUGCGCGUUGCUUCUAAU